CUGGAAUGGUUCCGAGAUUAUCUGCGAAAAAACGUUGAUAUUGACAUUGAUAAACCUGGAUGCGUGGCUGCUUGCGUUGGCAAUGUUAACGGUUGCCCUCCAACUGGAACUCCAUUACGAGCCGUUGAUUACUGUGCUGCCAAUGAUACGCCUCUCCCACUAACCGGCACCGCGCUCUCGCUUGUCGGCUGGAUUAUUUUAGCAAUUAUCAUGACGAUCUUACUGAUCAGCAUUUGUUUAAUGGCAUUAGUUCGAUACGGCAUCUCACACAGGCGGAGAAAGAUGAAGGACCAGGAGGCACUGGAAGACGAACAAAGGAUAAUGUCAAUGACAGGAAGUGGGGCGCCAUCAGUGAUAACGCGAUCCUAUGUGCCUCCACCGGCAGUAGACCUCGACUUACCACCAGCUCAUUCUCUGGACGACAGAUCUACAAAUUACCUGUACUGAUA